AACAAGAUGGCCGAAACAAUAUAACAACAAAACUUUUAAUGGUUUUUAUCUGCAUGAUACAAGCUUAACAGCUUUAGAUUUUGACAGAAUGUCUGCCCAGGAUAGACAGCAGUUCGAUCCACAGCGUUCACAAGUCGUAGGUCUCAAGAUGAAGCUCGUUCUAACACCAGAAGAACAAGCUAUACUGAAAGAAUGCCAGAAUGAAAGUUUGUUUUAUAGCUGUUUACCAAUAUCAUUUGUAAUGGGUGCUGGAACCCAUUAUUUAAGACAUCUAGGAAUAAUAAAGGGGAGAUAUCUAGGACUAACUGUGGCUUUAUUUACUGGGUAUUUUGCUGGUAAAAUUGCCUAUUUACCAAAGUGCAAAAAGAAAUUUGAAACGAGAAUACCAAAUUCUACCUAUAGUCAAUUAAUAACUGGAAAAAUAACCCAACAGGAGUAUCUUCAGAUAACACAGAAUGAACAGCAGGCAGCAAGUAUGGCUGGUUACCCACAACAAUAUAGUAAUACACAACCUGAUACAGAGGGAGCGUUUAAUUAUGAUGAUGGAGAAAAUGAAACAAUAAAACAAAAUGUGACAUAUGAUGAAUUGAGACGGAAACAUAGAGAACAAUAUAGCGGAAACCAACCUGCGACUUCAAAACCUAAAUUUGAUAUGCAGCGUAUGGGAGAGGUAGACUGGAGCAAACCUAGAAUGGCAGACAACACAAACAAAGGAAAAGGUAAGAAGAACCAAUAUGGAGAUGAAUGGGAUGAUGGAAAAUAACUCUGGGAAAGAAUUAGGCGUAUUACAUGUAUUUAUAUAUCUAUUAGUGCUUGAAAUUAACAGAAAAUGAACAGAGACUAUAAAAAAACAUGUUUGGUGUCUGGUUUACAAAAACUUAAUUUUAGAGUUUUGGCCCCUGUUUCUCGAAAUAUCAUAAGAUCCAUUUCCGUCAAAUAUUAGAUAUUUCUCAAUGAAAAUUUCAAAUAUUUCGAAAGUUAUUAUGUAACAUUUUCGGCGGAACAGGAUGUCUGAUCAUCUGAUUGGUCCAAGAUAGAUUUUAAAUUUAAGGUUAUUAACCACUCAUAUUACUGUAUUUCUUUUUUAAAUCUUGAUUUUGUUAUGAUGAAGUACCUGUGAAUUUAUGAAUGAAAGUGUGAAUUGAAAAAA